AUGUCGACCCGCCAUGAAUCAGACUCGGAGGAUGAGGGGAAUGCGUCACAAACAACAGAAGAUGAUCCUCAAGAUGCUCCCCCUCAGCCUGUAGAAACAUCAGCCCCAGCUCCUACUGCAGGGCCUUCAAUCGCCACUUCUCGCGACAAACCCAACUAUCAGCUUCGACACACAAUUCGAGGCCAUACUCAAUCCAUCUCCGCCGUCAAAUUUAGUCCGGACGGAACUCUUCUCGCUUCCUGUGGCGCAGAAAAAAUGGUCAAAAUCUGGUCUCCACAUACUGGCGAACUUAUUCGAAACUUGGUGGGGCAUGAAGCUGGCUUGUCCGACAUUGCAUGGUCAAGCGACAGUGUCUUUCUUGCGUCUGGCUCAGACGAUACCACGAUCCGGAUAUGGGAGGUAGAUUCAGGUUUAACAACUAAAAUAUUGAGGGGGCAUUCCAAGUGGGUGUUCUGCCUCAAUUACAACCAAGCCUCCAAUCUGCUUGUCUCUGGCGGCUGCGAAGGCGCUGUCCGAAUAUGGAAUGUUGCUAAAGGAAAAUGCAUGAAGACUAUGGCUGCCCAUCUGGAUUACGUGACUGCUGUGAAUUUCAAUAGAGACGCGACAUUGAUCGUCUCUUGUUCCCUCGACGGCCUUAUCCGAAUCUGGAAUGCGAGUGACGGACAGUGCUUAAAAACUCUUGCGGAGACUCAGGACGCCAUUUGCCAACACGUCCAAUUCUCCCCCAACUCCAAAUAUAUUCUCUCGACUGCCCACGAUAGCGCCAUCAGACUGUGGGAUUACCAAACCACGCGUUGCUUAAAGACCUACACAGGCCAUACCAACACAAAAUACUGCAUUUCAGCGUGCUUCAGUGUCACGGGUGGAAAAUGGAUAGUAUCCGGUAGCGAAGACAACAAAACCUACAUUUGGGAUUUGCAGAGUCGAGAAAUCGUUCAGGUCCUUGAAGGGCACACUGAUGUUGUGGUCGCAGUUGCGACCCACCCCAUACAAAAUAUGAUAGCCACAGGGUCCAUAGAGUCAGAUCUCGCCAUCCGCAUAUGGACAGAUCGUGGCUUUGACGACUAG